UGCAGCUGCCGCCGGCGUCUCAGGGGCUGCAAGCUGCAGGCGGACGCAACGCUGUGCGAUUCCGAAGCCCAGCCACGCCAGGCCGCCCGGCCCUGGCCCCCAGCGGGCGUCGCCGCUCCUUGUCGCCUUGACGCCUAGCCCAGCGCCGCGGCGCAGGACUACCGGUGCCCCGCAAGUUGCGAGCGCACUCUGCGCCUGGGGAAACUUUACCCCGCGGCCGAGCCUCUGCCAGAGUUGCCUGGAAGCCGUCAUCAGGAGACUUCAAAAGAAUCUCUCCGUUCCUUCCCAGAAAGGAAAAGGACAGCUGGAAGAGGACAAGCUGGGCUGCUGAGACACAUACCUGAGACCCUCUAACUGGGAGACGUCAUCCUGUCAACUCCUGGAGAGCUGCCCAGGUGAAGAACCAUGGAGGGCGACUGUCUGAGCUGCAUGAAGUAUCUGAUGUUUGUUUUCAAUUUCUUCGUAUUUCUGGGAGGCGCUUGCCUGCUGGGCGUUGGCAUCUGGGUCCUGGUGGACCCCACCGGCUUCCGAGAGAUCAUAGCUACCAACCCCCUGCUGACCACCGGCGCCUACAUUGUACUGGCCAUGGGUGGUCUGCUGUUUCUUCUGGGCUUCCUGGGCUGCUGCGGGGCUGUCCGAGAGAACAGGUGUCUGCUGCUAUUUUUUUUCCUGUUUAUCCUGAUCAUCUUCCUGGUAGAGCUCUCGGCAGCCAUCUUGGCCUUCAUCUUCAGGGAACACCUCACCCGAGAGUUCUUCACCAAGGAGCUUACCAAGCACUACCAAGGCGACAAUGACACGGACGUUUUCUCAGCCACCUGGAAUUCGGUCAUGAUCACAUUUGGCUGCUGUGGGGUCAACGGACCUGAAGACUUCAAGCUGGCCUCCGUGUUUCGGCUGCUGACGCUGGACACUGAGGAGGUGCCCAAGGCCUGCUGUCGGAGGGAACCCCAGGCUCGAGAUGGGGUGGUGCUGAGCAGGGAGGAGUGCCAGCUGGGGCGGAAUCCGUUCAUCAACAAGCAGGGCUGUUACACAGUGAUCCUCAACACCUUUGAAACCUAUGUCUACCUAACCGGAGCCUUUGCCAUUGGGGUACUGGCUAUCGAGCUCUUCCUCAUGGUCUUUGCCAUGUGCCUCUUCCGGGGCAUCCAGUAGACCUUGGCCUGAAGACACUCAGCCCACCACUGCCCAGAGGCCAGCCCCUCCCCUUUCCUGUCCUCUGGCCCCAGGGGAGGAAGCAAGGCCAGUCCAAAUGGCCAGGAGCAUAGAGCUAAUUUUUACAAACAAAGACAGACAUAAACUGAAGGGGUCUCACCUAGGCUCUAAGGCAAGGGGCUCCGGCUCUCCAAGGACCUAGGGCUGGCCUGGGACCAGCUGUUCCUGAGACCAAAGGUUCAUCAGCCUCAGAGCCCCUUGGCCCUGUCAGACUGGAGUGUCCCUUGGCCUGGAUCACCUCUCUUAGCAUUUCCAGGAUCAGAGCAACCAGGAGGCAGAAACACAUCCUGGAGGUGGAGCCAGUGCUCAGGCCCCAAGGAGCCAGCUUUUCACAACACAAGGACAGACUCCGCAGCACCAUCUGCUGGAGAGCGAAGCGGUCCCUGCUCCUGGCUGCCUGAGGGUGGCUGUGUGUGGACCCUGGAUCAGAAGGUGGCCCUUUCAUUUCUGUCCAGUCUCACAGCAUGUGCAUGACAAGGUCAUCUCCAGGCUGCUGUCGCUCCAGCCAGGACUCCACUCCGAUAUAAACUGGCCAGGAACUGCCCGCAUCCAGCUCUACAGUCCGUACUGUGUCCACUCUGCCCUGCUUGUACCUCUGUCAGAGAUCCAACUGUGAUACAUCGCCUGUCCCCGUGGGCCAUGCCCCACCCCUGUUCUCCCAGGUGGAAGACACCCCCAGUAUUGCUCAUUUCUCUCUACCCAGAGCUGAGGCUUGAAUGUGUUCUUCAAGAUCCCUGCCAAGAAUUCACCCCUGCAUCCCUCCGCAUAAGGAUGGAUCUCACUACCUCCCAACGCAGCCUCCUGCCUUCAGAUGCUCUGACAUCACCAUCACCUCUGCAGACAGAAGGGGUUUCCAGUUUUCCAUCUGUGUACCCCUUCACUCUCUCUCCUUCCUAAAGGUUAAGUUCAUGCCUCUUGUCUGCAGACUUAACCCCACAGCAUCUCCUACCGUGACACUUUCUGAUCUUUUGCUGAACAUGUAUUUUGUUAGUCUCUCUAGGCUCAGAUUACCCAGACUAACAGGUUCACAACCAACCAACCAACCAACACACACACACACACAUACACACACACACACACACACCUUGAACUGCAGGCUAGAGUAGCAACUAGUUGCAAGAUGCCUGACCCUGCCAGGACCGUGUUGAAUCCAUUAGUGUUGUCUGUCAGGAUCUCAAGUUUGAUUAAUUAUGUCUGCCAAGGGCACAGCAGGGGAACAGUGGUGGAAGGCACAGCUAGGUGCCUGCUCUCCUCUCUCAGAUGGAAGAGCCUGACCUGAACUCCAGCCCCCCUUUUCCCCUCUGCCACCCAGGAGUCAGCCAUAGCCUGUUCUAUGACGCUGUCUGGGUGCAAGGGGGCUACCUCUCCCAUUUCCUCUCCUCUUCAUGUGGACCUCACCCAGCCUGGCCUUCCUGGGGGGUCUCUGAGUGCCAUACGGAAGUCGUCUUUAUGACAGCUUACUUGGCAUCCCCAUAAAUGAAGCUGUGAGCUCCCUAGAGGCUGAGUCACCAGAUCAGGAGACCCCCUUUGCUGGCUUCCACCCCAGACUAAGAGGACCCAGGCUGACUCAGAACCCCAGCACGUACUGGACUCCAACUGUCUAGGAAGGCAAAUGGCUCGGCUGUUGAUUGGAAGUUCACGGCCAGGUUGAGGACAGAGCCCAACCGCAGCGGCUGCCACCCAGAACUAGCACAGGCUUCCAGAGAUGGGCAGGGCAGGGACAGGGAGGGAGGGAGAAGCCAGAUGUGGAGCCUGGGCCAUUCCACGGUAGAUCAGAGGCCCUCACCAGGCCUUUCCACACUCAGGCCAAAACGCUCCCGAGUAGCCCAGACUCAACCCAGCCUCUCAGCAUCCCCAUGGGACCAGACAGACGCGGUCUUCACCCUCUGAGCUUGCUGGUAGCCACGGCAAGGCUGUCUGAGGUCAUCCUAGUGGGGCUUGGUGAGCUCCUCCGUGUACUCCCAGGGGAGUGGAGGGUAGCUCUUCCUUCAUCUCACCCUAAGACGCCAAGAACUCAACCAGCAGAAGAGCCCCUUCCUGUCCCAGAGUCACUUGCCUAAGGGACAGCUGUAUCUGUCAGGCAAGGAGCUAAGACUGGAUCUGUGGCCCAUGCUCCCCACAACCCUGUCCCAAGCCCCUGGCCUACCUAGGUUCUGAGCCCAGCACCUUCAUCCCCAGGAACUUUGUGUCACACACACACACACACACACACACACACGCGCGCGCGCACGCA